AUGUAUAAUAUCAAUUUUGAAACUAGAUAUAUUUUUGAAUUAAAAAAUGACGAGAUUACUUAGGACAUACAAAUUUUAGUGAAUGAGAUUUUUGAGAAAUAUGAUAGAAAGGGUUUAUCAUAAUAUAAUAUAUGGCUUCCUUUUUUCAGUUGUGUUGGUAAUAGAUAAAAUUUAACUAAUUGCAAAUUGCAAUCUUAUUUUACAAGUGAAACAUUUUUAGAAAUUAAUUUUCCUAGAAUUGGAAUGAAUAGUGUUAAUUAUAGUUUUGAAGGAGAGAAAUUAAUCAAUUUUCCAUUUAUAAUAGGAAUUGUUCAAUCGGAUUUGGAUUAUAUUAAUAAGCCAAUCUUUUCAUUAUUAGUAUAGUAGGAAGACAUAAUCAAAAAAUGUCAGCCAAUUUAGGCAGCUAAGAAAGUGGAAUAGGAUUUUGAAGUGUUAGUGAUGCCGAUUAACCCUAAGGAUAUUGAAUUGAGAGUCAAAGAAAUAGUGAGAUUUUCUUGUUAAUUGACUCAUGAUUCCUUUGAGAAUGAUUCGCAGAGACUAAUUGAUAUUAUGUAUUAUGAGCAAGAGUCUUGUGUAUUACAGUUUUUGGUCGAUAACUUGGUUCAAGGAUAUUGUAUCUUAUAUGUGGAUAAAAAUAAGAUAAAUGAAAGACUUUGGAUCAUCGAAAUGAUUUCAUGCAAAUCUGAAUGUUUCUUUGAUAUCUUUUUAACUCAAAUAGUAGAUUUGGUGUUUGGACAUGACAAAUCUGCUUCAGAAAUAUUAAUAGCAUAGAACCAUUACCCACAGCAUAAUGGAUAGAGUAUGGCUAAUAAGUACAUUUCAGAAGCGAUAAAGAAAGUUGGAUUCAAGUGGAGGAUAAUUGAGAAUGAUUAUAAAACUUAAUUGAGAAGGACAAUCUUUACAUUGAAACGAUCUAAUUCUUAUUAACCUAGAGUAGAACACAAUAUCUCUAUUAAAUUUAACUCAUAUUACUCACUCUAAUAAAGUGAAGCAAGGAAUGAAGAAACCAAUACAUUAAGUUAUCUCAAGACUAAAGCUAUAUUCUAGUUUGCUGAAGAUUGUUUUCAUUACAAUUUGCAUAAACCAUAUGAACGAAAUCAAUACAUUAUUGAUAAGAUAAAGAAUAAUUUAGCUUAAUUACCAAUGACAAAAUUUACUGAGUUUAAAAACGAAAAAGAAGUGGUCAAAUAUUUAGAUAACUUAACAUCUCACCCUUCUAUUGAUCCAAAACAUACGUAAGUGAUGACCUAAUAUACAAAUCUCCAGUUAAAAUGGUUGAGAUCAAGGGAGAUCAUAUUGGAAGGUUCAAAAUACAUAGAAGUACCAAACGAAUAGAAUUUUAUCUAUGUUUCUACAUUCCCCCAAAUUAAUUGUAAGAUCUAUUAUGUAAAAUUAUUCAAUCCAGGAUUCUAUUUUUUUGGAAUGGAAGUGGCUCACAAUCAAAUCGAAUCCAUCCGAGAUGAUUAUGUCAGAUUCACAGAAGUUAUUUAUUAAGAAUUCCAUAACAAAUAGCCGUAAACCUCAUGUGAUCUCUAUAUACCCUAAUUCUAGACAUGUAUGACUAUAAGUUAACCUCUCCCAAACUGGUCUUUUAUUAAUUUUUCAUUGACCUACAAUCACACCAUACUUUAAACCAUCAUAAAAGACUUAGGGAAUAGAACAAUAAGAAUUCAAAUGCCUUUUUUGGCAGGAAUAAUCUAAGAAGAUUUAGGGUUAAGAUACGAAAAACCAGUGGUGGCAUUUGUUGCAUCGGAUUAUAUCGAUUGACAUAUAUAAAUUUUAAAUUCCUUUUUUUAUUGUCUUCAAUCA